GUGGUUUGCGCUGACGUCAUAGACAUCGCUCGGGCUGUUUGGUCGGGGCGAAAGUCGUGUUGUUGACGUUUCUCGCUAUUUUUUUCUCGCCGCUGUGGACGUCGGUAGCCGAGGGGCGGCUCGCCGGGGUCCCCGAAUCCUCUCCGACAUGGACGAAAGCAACAAGCUGUCGGGCGCGGCGGCGACGGGGGCGGGCAAGCUGAAGAAGCCCGGCAAGCGCGGACGCAAGCCGGCCAAGAUCGAUUUGAAGGCCAAACUGGAGCGCAGCCGCCAGAGCGCCAGGGAAUGCCGAGCCAGAAAGAAGCUCCGCUACCAGUACCUGGAAGAACUGGUCUCCGGCAAAGAGAGGGCCAUCUGCGCGCUCAGGGAGGAGCUGGACAUGUACAAACAGUGGUGCUCGGCCAUGGACCGGGGCAAGAUUCCCUCCGAGAUCAAAGCUCUGCUGACGGCCGACGACCUCCACCGCGGGCCCGCCGACGGCGCCGCCAAGGCGCCCAAAAACGCCAAGAACAGCGCGUGACGUAGAACGUUUCCUUCGAGGCGCGUUGUAUCUAUCUAGACGUCAGCGGGACCACGGGACGGAUCGGGAGCCCGCGGAGACCCCUCGGAAUCCUCUCCGUCGGGUUCGAGUUUACCGGAAGACUCGCCGACGUCCCUCUGGCUUCGAGAGCCAUCGACGGGAAGUCCGACAACGCUCGUGUCGCUUUUUUCCUAGGAUUGUUCUUGGCUCCGCUUUGUUCCCAAAACAAAUUAAAGUGUGCAAAAUUG